CGUUGUUGGGUUCGUUUGUUGCUGCUCCUCGUCAGGGUCGGAGUUCUAGUCGCCACCGUUAUGUCGUCCACGGUGAAGAAGCUCGAAAUUACCUACAACCCUGUCAACCCGAGCAACGUGUUCGCAUGUGGAGACACCGUCGCAGGGCAGGUCAGCCUGGAAGUGGCCAAAGAUUGUCAGAUCAACUCCCUGCUGGUGAAAUUCAAGGGGAAAGCGGAGGUGAUGUGGACGGAGAGGCACGGCAAGACCACCGUGGUGUACUCCUCCAAAGACAAGUACUUCAGCUAUAAACAGUACAUCAUUAUAGACAAACAUGCUCACGACAGGGAAGACCUUUUGGUAACCCAGACUGCAGAAACCUAUCCCAACGUUGUGGCUCCAGGGAUCCACGUGUAUCCAUUCUCCUUUCAGAUCCCUGUCCAGGAUCUUCCAUCCUCCUUCGAAGGUGGUACUGGUAAAAUUCGGUACUUGCUGGAGGCCCGGUUGAGCAGAUCAAUGAGGAUUGACAAGACUGAUUCGACUACUCUAAACUUUAUGUCAAAAACAGACCCAAACAUGAUCUCUACCUUCAUGGUACCACAGCAUGAGUCAAAAGAUAAGAAAAUGCAUGUUUUUAACUCAGGAACCGUAGCAAUGGAUGUGAACCUUGAAAAGUCAGCUUUCUCCCAAGGAGAAAGAAUAAAGGUUUUGGCCUCCAUUACGAACAAUUCAUCUCGCGCGAUCAAGCCAAAGUUCCUCAUAUACGCAAAGCACAGCUUCUUUGCACGAGGAAAGAGAAGACUCCACAGUCAAGAACUGAUUAAAGAGGUGGGAGCGCCCAUCCCUCCAUCUUCUUCAGAAAAGGUCACGCAGGUCAUCACCAUCCCCCAUGACGCAGUGCCCUCCAUCCUCAACUGCAGCAUCCUUAAAAAGGAGCACAGACUCAAGGUCUACCUGGAUAUCAAGUAUUCUUCAGACCCAGAGGUCAAAUUUGACAUAGUCAUCCUGCCAGCCGGUCAGGUUCCUGGGGUGGCACCACCGCCUGCUGCUGCUGGCUUUGGCUUUGAACCAUUUGGGACCCAAAACCCUCCAGCCUGGGGCCUUGGACCCCCGCAACCAUCAGCGGAAGCAUUUGGAAACCAGAACCCUCCAGCCUGGGGCUUUGGACCUCCACAACCGUGGGAGGAAGCAUUUGGAAACCAGAACCCUCCAGCCCGGGGCAUUGGACCUCCGCAACCAUCAUCAGAACCUCAACCCAGUGAUCCUCCUCCUUCUUAUGGAGCUCAUGCAAUGUACCCUCCUCUUAAAGAUUUUGGCAAUAAAUAUCAGUGAUGCGGCUGAGAAAUGUUUUUUAUACCACUAUUAAGUUUUGACUUCAAUAUAUUUGUUGACUGUAGCAGGUGAUCAUAAGGAUGUUGCAACAUUGCUCACAGCAGUAACACCUGACUUUAACACCUGACUUUAACACCUGAGUGGGGUUUUCAAUAUAUUUGUCUUUUAUUUUUUAACAAAAAAUAUUUUAAGAAUGUAUAUCUUUUUUAUAAUAAAGUUUAAUUAAAAAAUUAUAAUUUUAAUAAAAUACAAA